UUGCUUUAGUAGGGGUUUAAGAGGGUUAGGUUUAGGGCGAGAGGUUGACGGAAGCUUAGCGAUCAUGGCGACGCUGGUGGCGGGGUCUUACGAGAAGUUCAUCUGGGGGUUCUCCUUCCACCCCGAAGCUCCAACCUUGAAGUCCCUAUUCUCCUACCCCUCCCACACCGCCCCUAUCAAGUCCGUCGCCGCCUCCGGCCCCAUAGCUGCUUCUGGCGGCGCCGAUGACUCCAUCAAGCUCUACGACCUGUCCUCCGCCACCGAGGUCGGUACCCUCCUCGACCACAACGGCGCCGUCACCGCGCUCGCCUUCUACACACCGCCCUCCUCCCCCGCCGGCCUGCCCCGCAACCUUCUCUCCGCCUCCGACGACGGCGCCGUGUGCAUCUUCGAUGCUGAUCCUUUCGUGCACCUGAAGUCCAUCAACGUCCACCGAAAGGGUGUAACGGACCUGGCAGUCCACCCGUCCGGCCGCGCUGCGAUUACGGUCGGCCGGGACUGUUCCCUAGCGCUGAUCAAUCUUGUGAGGGGCAGGCGGAGCUUCUCGUGUCGGCUUGACCGCGAGGCCUCGAUCGUGAAGUACGAAUGCGGAGAUGGGGGAAGAUUCUUCAUGGUUUCGGAGGAAAGGAUUACUGUGCAUGAUUCGGAGGACGCGAAGAUGAUCCAUGAAUUGAACGGACAGAAGAGGGUCCUCUGUGUCGCUCCUGGCGAGAAUGGAGUGCUGUUUACUAGUGGAGAGGACCGCUGCAUCACUGCUUGGGAUACAACAAGUGGGAAAAAUGCAUAUAGCAUUGAAAAUGCCCAUCAAACUCGUGUGAAAGGACUCGUUGUUUUGAAAAAUGGAAGCAUGUCAGACACAUCCGGAGAAUCAAAUCUGAUUGCUUCUGCAUCAUCUGAUGGUGUAAUACGCGUAUGGGAUGCUAGGAUGAUUGCCAAAGAUAAACCAAAUCAUUUGGCUGAGGCUGAUACAAAAUCCAGACUAACUUGUCUUGCUGGAUCAUCUAAGAAAUGACUGUAUCUCUAUUCAAAUACGGAUUCUCUGAGCAUGCUGUUGGUUCUUCUGCAUUGGCUUAUUGCACAACCCGUCUUCAAUGAACAUCGAGCGACUACAAGUUACAACUUCUUUUCCUAGAAAUAUUUGUUUUUUGGUGCUGUAUAAGAGCGCUGUUUGUGGAACAUAUUAUUUGCUUGGAUGUCUCUUAAAUAUUUAUUUCAUACCCAAUCUAAAGAAGCUAUUAAUUAUUGUUUCUGAA